AUGACAAAGGUUAUUGGGACUCAUAACGGGAGUUUUCACUGUGAUGAAGCUUUAGCAGUAUUUAUGCUUCGUCAGACACAAGCUUUUAAGAAUUCAACACUAAUACGUACACGCGAUCAACAAAAACUUGACGAGUGUGAUAUUGUGGUGGAUGUGGGCGGGGUCUAUGAUCCAGAAAAGAAUCGGUAUGACCAUCAUCAGCGAGGAUUCUUUGAGACAUUUAGUCCGCAUCAUUCUAUUAAAUUGAGUAGUGCUGGAUUAAUAUACAAACAUUUCGGCAAGGAAAUAAUUGGAACACGACUAAAUUUGAAUUCUACAGAUCAAAAACUAGAACUUUUAUAUCAAAAAGUAUAUGAAGAUUUUAUAGAAGGAUUAGAUGCACAAGAUAAUGGAAUUAAUCGAUACCCGGAAGAAUGUUCAGCAAAAUAUAAAGAUUUGACCAAUUUACCACGUCGAGUUGCGGGAUUGAAUCCUUGGUGGAAUAGUAAGAAUCCUAGUUUUGAUGGUCAAUUCUAUAAAGCUGUAGAAUUAACCGGCUCAGAAUUUUACGGGAUGAUAGAUUACCUGGGUCUUGCUUGGCUUCCGGCACGUGAUAUAGUGAUGAGAGCAUUCGAGAAGAGAUUUGAGAUCGAUAAAAGCGGUAAGAUAUUGGUAUUGGAUGGUUUUUGCCCUUGGAAGGAACAUGUAUUUGACCUUGAAAAAGAACAGAAUAUUGCAAAAGACGAGAACAUACUUUAUACGGUGUAUCCAGAUGAGGCGAGAGGUUGGCGAGUACAAUGUGUUCCUGCUACUUUGGAUUCUUAUAGCUCUAGGAAAUUGUUACCCGAAGAAUGGCGUGGAUUAAGAGACUCCGAGUUAUCGGAAAAAGCGAAGAUCGAGGGAUGCAUUUUCAUUCAUAUGACAGGAUUUAUUGGAGGUAAUGGAACGAAGGAUGGAGCUUUGGAAAUGGCCAAAAAAGCACUAAAUUCAUAG